GAAAGGAUUUAUGUCACUGCAACUGGCAACCCUAAGCCAACCGUGCACUUGUUGUCUCGCGGACUUCACUUCCGUUUAGCAGUUCGGGCGUCCUGUCUCUAUGAAGUGAUCAUUAAUACCACAUGGAUUCCACUUAGUGUCGUGAUCUUCAUUCACCUGCUGCUGUGACAAAGACGAAUCUGCCUAAACACGACGUCCUCAUGUGCAUCAUCUUCUUCAAGUUCGACCCCAGGCCUGUGUCCAAAAACGCCUACAGGCUGAUCUUGGCGUCAAACAGAGAUGAGUUCUACAACAGGCCAUCCAAAGCUGCCGACUGGUGGGGCAGCGGUAAAGAUAUCCUCAGCGGUUUGGAUAUGGAGGAAGGGAAGGAAGGCGGGACCUGGCUGGGAAUCAGUAAACGAGGCAAACUAUCAGCUCUGACCAAUUACCUGGAGCACAAGUACAACCCGGAAGGCCUGGGGAGAGGGUUUUUGGUGUCCAAUUACAUGACAGAGAAUGUGGACAGCUUCUCGUACCUGCGCAAGGUGGCGUCUGAGGGUCAGCUGUACAACGGCUUCAACGUCCUCACCGCUGAAUUCAGAGCCAAUGAGGACACGAUGUGUUACUAUGGAAACAGGGGCAGUCCGGAACCUGUGUGCCUCAAAGCAGCAGGAAUCUACGGUCUCAGUAACUCUCUGUUAGAUACUCCUUGGAGGAAGAUGCAACACGGUAAACAGCACUUCACCAGCGUGGUGGAUAAAACACUGCCCCCUGAAGGCCUGGUCCAGGAGCUGCUUCAAGUCCUCAACGAUGAGGAACUAAACACACCUGACCCCAUGCAGGAGCAUCAAGGUGAAGGCUACAAGAAGGACUGGCUUAAAGCUCUGUCCGCUGUAUGUGUGCGCACGCCGAGUUAUGGCACCAGGACAAACACCAUCAUCCUGAUCGACAGUGAGAAUAACGUCAGCUUCACCGAGCGCACCAUGUUGAACUGUGAUGUCACCCAAUGGAGCACAAAAUCCUUUCAGUUCAAGCUGCAGGAAUGACCAUGCCUCGCCUCGCCUCACCUCACCCCGGCUCCCCUGCCACCACUCGUGCCUUUCUUCACUUCAAUUUACGUCCUUUUUACUAUUAGACUUUUCCUACUUCAGCUGAAGGGAGGCAUUUUUAACUGCAGUUUUCCUCGAGUGAGCAUCUCUGUGUAGUUUGGUGACUGAAGUUUAGGCACCAUCACGCACCUGAACCUGAAUAUGACAUCUGUGGUAGUGCUGAACGUUACACUAAAUGUCCUUUUGGCCAUAUUUUAAAAUAACUACUGUUUGAGUAGUUACGUGAGGCUUGAGUAGUGAGGUUAGAAUUAUUUGAAGGCUUUCUGCCAAAGAAACCAGAAUUUUUCUUUUUUAUUAGCAGUUCUGCUUUAAUAGUAACCUAAUGAACGUGACCAUCUAUAAAUGGUUUAGCUCAUCUAUAGCUAUAACUCAGGAACUGCAAGUCAUGUAUGAAGCGACGAUCACACCAAUAAACUCUAUUUCACCUUCCUUAA